AGACUUAUUUACCCCACACUUUAUUUAAGGAAAUUAUUUGACAGGCUUUACGCGCAAAAAAUGGUUUAAAUGUGCUCAGUUGCCCGUUCUUUUGCACUGCUGUCUCCUUUAAGUCCUGAGAGCUAGAACUAUCCCCUUUGCUUGGGUCUAUGCAAAACAGGUUUGAAAAGCAGCAGGUGGGGUUUCACCCGGAAAAGAGGAAGUAAACGGCACAGAGUACACCAUGUCUGAAGACCUGAAGGAAGAGUUUGAGGACCAGUUCAAGGAUGUUGUCUCCAGACUUCAAUCAAAGGAUCUUUUCCAGUCAGACUGGGACAAGGCUUCCUUUGCUGUGUUCUUCAUUUUCAUUGGCAUGAUCCUAUUGCUCAUCCUUCUGGUUCUCAUUCGAUGCCUCUGCUGUUGCUGCUGCGAUGAAAAGCCUCGCAGACAUAAGGUGGGGAUUGAUAAUAUGGCCCUGGACCCAUGAGGACCAUGUAACUCCACACAUUCUGGGUCUGCAGCACCACGGUCUCAACCUUAUUUUUAUAUGUUUUUUUGUGAUCACAUGAUUCAUGUUAUACAGAAUGAAAGCACAAGUGGUCUGUUAAUCUCUAAGAAGUCAGCUGCCUGCUGUUUGUCAUGUUGUUGCCAAGUCGCAUCCUAGAUCACUAAGUCACUUUUGUUUUGUUGACCUCUUUAAAACACUUUGUUGAAAAUUCUCUUUUAAGAUGAAAAAUGUAAAUAACCUUUUUUAAAUUAUUAAAAAAAUGAAUGAAUAUAAAUAUAUAUAUACA